UGACUUCUAGGUGGGGGAGCCCCAGGCAGCUGGCUUUAAAGAGGCAGUAGCCAGUCAUGAACUCUGAGGGUCAAACCUAGCUAACCAUCGGACAAUCCACUUUCAGCUUUCCUGAGGCCCAGGCCAUAGAAGUGGCCCUACCCUUUGUCGAGGGUAGCUGUGGCACUGACAUCCACCACUGCUGAGCCUUCAUUGGCUCCAAAGCAAUCAAAAUCAGUAGAAGAGAAACUGCCAUCUUGGGGUACUGACCCAGGACAAUCCACCCGGAGCAUGGGGCUCCCUAAUGUCCAGCUCUGGCUGGUGCUGCUGUGGGCACUAGUGUGGGUACAGGGCACAGGAUCUGCAUGCCCAUCCUGUGGGGGCCCAGCACUGGCACUUCAAGCAGAACGAGCUCUGGUCCUGGAGCUAGCCAAGCAACAAAUCCUGAAGGGCCUGCACCUGACCAGUCGUCCCAAAAUAACUCAUCCUCCACCCCAGGCAGCAUUGACCAGAGCCCUCCGGAGACUACAGCCUGGGACUACAGCUCCGAGAAAGGGGGAGGAAGUCAUCAGCUUUGCUACCAUCACAGACUCCUCCACCUCAACCUGCAGCUCCAUGCUCACUUUCCACCUGUCCACUCUUCAGUCCCACCACCUAUACCAUGCCCGCCUCUGGCUGCAUGUUCUUCCCACCCUUCCCAGCACUCUUCACCUGAAGAUCUUCCAAUGGAGUCCAGGGAGGAGGCGCCGAGAGUCUCAUGCCCUCCUGGCUGAGCACCAAGUAACUACUCCGGGCUGGCAUGCCCUGAUUCUGCCCUCUGGUGGUUUGAGGGGUGAAGAGUCUGGUGUCGUGAAACUCUGGUUGGACUGCAGACCCUCAGAAGACAACAGCACAGCUGCUACUGGACGAUUGAGGCAGCUCCUGGACACAGCAGGACACCAUCGGCCCUUCCUGGAGCUUAAGAUUCAAGCCAAGGAGCCUGGAGCAGGUCGGACCAAGAGGAGGACCCCCACCUGUGAGCCUGAGACUCCCUUGUGUUGUAGGCGAGACUAUUACGUAGACUUCCAAGAACUUGGAUGGCGGGACUGGAUCCUGCAGCCAGAGGGGUACCAGCUGAAUUACUGCAGUGGACAGUGCCCCCCUCAUCUGGCUGGCAGCCCCGGCAUUGCUGCCUCCUUCCAUUCGGCAGUCUUCAACCUCCUCAAAGCCAACAAUCCUUGGCCUGCAGGUACCUCUUGCUGUGUACCCACUGCCAGAAGGCCUCUCUCCCUCCUCUACCUCGACCAUAAUGGCAAUGUGGUCAAGACGGAUGUGCCAGAUAUGGUGGUGGAGGCUUGUGGCUGCAGCUAGCAAGAAGACCUGGGGGUUUAGUAUGGAGAUCAAGUUGGGGGUUCCUAGGAAAAGGGUAUCUGUGUCUGGAGGCAUCAGGUUUUCUGAUCCAUACUCCUGCUCAAUAGGCUGCCUGGCAAUGUGACUGGGUUGGCCGAAAUGGAACACAAAUGGACUCUCUUGUCCCAGAUACUGGCCUAUUUCAGGCUGGUUGAUGUGUGGAGUGAUGGGUAAAGUGUUUCUUAUACUGGA